ACGCCAUUUUGAUUAAGCCUUAAAAUGGCAGAAAACGCAGAGGAGAGGCGGAGGUUCACGGAGGUUUUAGAGUUUAAACGCGAAGGGAAAGUUAUGUUUUGGUGUUUCCACGCAUUCUGAGCGUUAAGAGAGACUGGGCGAGGCGAAUGCGGGGAAAAUGGAUAUAACGACUGCGGUGUUUAACGCGGCGAGGGACGGGAAACUGAAACUUAUCCAGAAGUUGCUGAGCAACAAAACUCCGGAGGAGUUAGAGGCGCUCGCCGAGGAGAAGACGCAGGGGGGCACGCCGCUCCUGGUCGCCUCCCGGUACGGACAUUUGGAAGUGGUAAAUUACUUACUUGAAUAUUGUAAAGCGAACGUAGAGCUCGGGGGUUCGGUUAAUUUUGACGGAGAGACGAUUGAAGGAGCUCCUCCGCUCUGGGCGGCUUCAGCCGCGGGGCAUUUACCGGUUGUGAAAACUCUUUUAAAACACGGCGCGUCUGUGAAUAACACGACCCUCACUAACUCAACUCCUCUGCGCGCUGCCUGCUUCGAUGGACACCUGGAAAUCGUGCGUUAUCUUGUCGAACAUCACGCCGACAUGGAGGUCGCGAACCGCCACGGACACACAUGCCUGAUGAUCUCGUGCUAUAAAGGGCACCGAGAAAUCGCCAAGUUUCUGCUCGAGCGCGGCGCUGACGUGAACCGCAAGAGCGUGAAAGGCAACACUGCGCUGCAUGACUGCGCCGAGUCUGGAAGUCUGGAGAUCAUGAAAAUGCUGCUUAAAUGCAAAGCCAGGAUGGAGAGAGAUGGCUAUGGUAUGACUCCGCUGCUGGCUGCAAGCGUUACCGGGCACACGAACAUCGUCGAGUACCUCGUUCACCAGCCCAGGGCGACGAGAGAGGAGUGCAUCGAUGCCCUGGAGCUCCUGGGCGCGACUUACGUAGACAAGAAGCGCGAUCUGCUGGGCGCCAUGCGCUUCUGGCGAAGAGCGAUGGAGCUCCGACAAGCAGGAGGCAGAGCGGGCUUCCUGGCCAAACCUCCGCCUGGCCCACCCGUUCCAGCGUAUGACUGCGCCCGAGAGGUGAACACGGCGGAGGAGCUGGAGGCCCUGAUCACCGACCCGGACGAAAUGCGGAUGCAAGCGCUCCUGGUCCGAGAGCGCAUCCUGGGCCCUUCGCACCCAGAUACGUCUUACUACAUUCGCUACCGCGGUGCUGUUUACGCUGACUCGGGAGACUUCGAGCGCUGUGUCAGUCUGUGGAAAUAUGCACUAGACAUGCAGCAGAGCAACCUGGACCCGCUGAGCCCCAUGACAGCCAGCAGCUUUUUGUCAUUCGCCGAGCUUUUCAGUUUUGUCCUCCAAGACCGUGCGAAAGGUGCACCGGCCGCUCGCGUUGCCUUCCGUGACCUGAUGGGGGUCCUGUCCAAGGGUGUGCGCGAGGUGGAGCGGGCCGUGGCACAGCGGGAUAAUCAGCCUGACGCGGCGCAGUUCACUAAAGCCCUGUCCAUCAUCCUCCACCUUGUGUUCUUGCUGGAGAAGCUGGAGUGCAGCCCGGCGCAGGAGCACCAGAAGAAGCAGAGUGUGUACCGGCUGCUCAAGCUGAACCCGAGGGGACGGAAUGGUUUCACGCCCCUGCACAUGGCCAUGGAUAAGGACACGACGGCGGUGGGCCGUUACCCAGUCGGGCGUUUUCCAUCUCUGCCCGUGGCUGCGCUGCUGUUGGAGUGUGGUGCCGACGUAGACUCGCGUGACUCGGACAACAACACGCCGCUUCACGUGGCAGCCCGGAACGGCUGCCCCAAACUGAUGACGCUGCUAGUGCACUCUGGAGCACACUUUGACGCAACCAAUGCACAACGCAAGAUGCCUUACGAGCUGUUAGAGGAGGCGGGUGGAACAAGGCAUGCACUGCACCCUCUCAGCCACGUCACGCUGCAAUGCCUGGCUGCCCGUGCUGUCGAGAGACACAGAGUACCCUACAAGGGGCUCGUCUCGGAAGAAAUGGAGGCCUUCAUCGAGCUCCACUGAUCUUACCUCAAAAUCCUAAUUUGAUUACAGGUUCAGAUCACCACCUCUGUUUCUGAACCUGUCUUUGUCUCUUCUCUCCUUUCCUCUUGUCUCUGCGUCAGGUCUCAUCUGUUUCUGAGGAUCGUCUAGAUGAAAAUGAGACCUUCGUGUCGCACUGACAUUACCUCACCGUCCUCCCUGUCUUCCUGCUUUAUCUGACAAUUUGCCCCUCUCUUUUUCAGGCAGACUAAAUCUUAAGCCUCCUCGCCACUUCCUCAGGCUUCAUCUGAACCUCAGCAAUAAUCCCAAGCUAAUACUAACAAACAGGGAAAGAUUUGUGCUUUCAGCAGUGUGCGCUCGUUCUUUUCCUCUCUGCAUUGUAAGGGCUUGUUGAAGUUAAAAAAAAAAAUCCACAAGAACUGAGACUCUUUGAUGCUCUAGAAUACUAUUUGAAGAGGAAAGACUUUGUGUUUGAUUCAGGCUUUAUUUGUAAUCUGCCUCUUUUUUUUAUGUUCCCUUUUAUUCCUCUGCGAGCAGGAAAUGAACAGUUUUUGCCAGUUUGUAUUUGUGUAUAAAGUUUAAAUGGUGACAGGGUGGAUUAAGCCAAGGUUGAAAAUCUGCAUUAUAAAUAGCAACGAUGCACCUCGCUGACUGGCCGUAUGUGUGUACAAGAAUGAAGUGUGGUUAGUUUAGUUUUUUUGUUACUUUUUUUUUCUUUUUUUUUUGGCAUGCGCAUUUUGUAAUGCAAGAGCAGCACUCGCAUCAGUAUUGAUAAUCAGACAUUUUGAUCUGAUUACUUUUUCAUCAAAUCCCAUAUACUUAUGUUUCUAUCCAUUUGAUGCAUUUUGCUUCCAAAGCACCAAGUAAAAUUUUCGUUAAUGGUCAGAACAAGCAUCGCUAAUGUGGCUAGCAAUGAAUGAAAGCCACUGUUGCUGUGCUGAUGAGGUCAUGCUAGCUGUGGACAUGAACGUCCGUUUCUUCUUCGCCGCAUCAGCGUGGUAUGGGUGAAUUACCCCCUUGUAUAAGCGUAAGUGGGUGACUGUGGGUUCGCGGAAGAUCUGCGGUAUGCUUUGCACUUCGUUAACCACACGAGAGAGAAAUCGGCCUCCGUGGCUGCUUCAGUCUUUGUAAAAGUCUUCUCGCAUUUAGGACUUAGGACUUGGCACUUUACCCAGUACAAGACGUCUGGGGUAACCAUCGAUAUCUAUGCAUUUUAUCAGCAAGGGUGUUACAUCAACAGAUCUGGCAACCUGGGUCUGUUCGAAGUUGGACAGCGAGCUCAACAUGUACGACUCCUAUUGCAGUCUUAUUUCUGAUUGUCAUUUCUUUUUAUGAUAACAUGCUGGUUUCACUGUAAAUCCUACUCGAAUGAAAGCACUUUGAAACAUGCUAACACUACUUAGCCUCUCAAGCAACGAUCCUGUCUCAGGUGUGUCUCAUCCUGGUGACAGGUAUGAUUAAUUUAAGACAGUACAAAUGGGUUUGGAGAUGCCUGAAUAAAAUUCAAGUAUCACAUC